UAUAUAAAGUGGUAUGCACUUUCAAAAUAACCAUAACACUACGACUAUACCUGGUCGACUCAAUCGAAGUAUUUGUUUCAAGUUUGAAUCCCUUUUAUUUUGUAUCUUACUGGUGUUUUUUGAGUUCGUGAAAAUGUUUCUCAACGUGAAAGUUCUCGGUGCCCUGGUGGUAGUAUUUCUGGUUGGAGAUGCUAUUGGUUCAGAAUCUGUUAACCCUACUCUCAAUGACCCGUGUGUAAAAAAGUGUCACGUAACAUUUGAUUAUAGACCUUUUUGUGGCAGCGAUAAUUACACGUAUCCUACACCCAGUUACUUGAGUUGCUUCAAAUCGUGUAACAUAUCGAUUACCAAAGCCUACGAUGGACCUUGCAAACAGAAACUUGAAAACGUCACAGACGUCCCUGCAGUUGUGGCUGCUAAGGCUUCUGAAUCAGACAAGCAUGACUCACUUGAAGAGCACCCCUGUGUAAAGAAGUGUCCAAAAACACAGGACUUACGUCCUUUCUGUGGCAGCGAUAAUCACACCUAUGGCAACAAGAGUUACUUGGGCUGCUUCAAAAAGUGUAACAUAUCUGUUACAAUGGCCUAUGAUGGACCAUGCAAAGGUACACCCAAACAAUGAUCGAUGCGUAAAGCGUGUUUCUACAAGAGCCACAAUGGACACUUCUUUCAUACAGUCUACAAUCACUCAUGAAAGAAACUGUCAAUAGUCCACUAUUGGUUGACAAUAUGUGAACUACCUGCACUUUUUCACACAACCUUGUGAAAGAAACAUACAUCACAGUCACUUAAGAUUGCUUAAAUGGGCUGUUAUUUAGUUUAAUAAGUACCUAGUAAUAUUCUACUGUUUAUAGUUCAUAUGAACCUAUGUAUUUAGUUAGUUAAUCAUUCAAAAUUGUAUCGCAUUUGAAAAAAUAUAAAUAAAAAUCUUAUUAGCAUCAA